AUGGGGAGGCCAGAGAAGGAAGGAAGAUGUAAGAAGCAUCCGAUUCACAAGAACUCAAAUGGGGUUUGUCCCUACUGUCUUCGAGAUAAGCUCGCCAAUAUCUCCGGCUCGUCGUCGUCGUCGACAAACAACGCUGGUUCUUCAUCGUCUUCUGCCUCUUCGACUGCUUAUUCCUCAUACGACUCCGACGUCUCCUCCUCCGUCGCGUCUCCACCGAAACAGUACGAAGAGCGCAAUAAAAAGAGAAUUUUUCAGCUGUUGAAGGGGAGGAAGAGGACGUUGAAGAGUAGUCUUUCGUUUUCUUUAUCUAAGGAAGUGGAGAAGGUGAGUGAGAAGGGGAAGGAGGAGAAGAGGAAGAGCAAGAAUGGAGCUGGGAAGCUUUGGGCGAAGUUGGUGAUGGCAGGAAAGGGUAAGAAGAAUCAAGGGGAGGGUCGGUCGACGUUAGCUCAUUCCAUGACCGUUAAGGAGUCUUCUUCUUCUUCUAAGUGGACUUUCUUCUCUUAGGCGAUUUCUAUCUUCUUUUGAUGGUAGAAAUUUAUAAGAUUGUGAUGAGAGAGUGUGUGGAGUGAUUGGCAUAGAUUAUUUGUAUAUAAUUUAAUUUGUUUAGCAAUCCUUUACAUAUUUCUAGUGUUUUUAUUCUUCCUGAGAAUGGAAGAACAGAUGAAGCUAUGUAAAUAAGAAAUAAGAAGGCCAUUGUUAGGUCCUACAGCUGCUUGGUUAAGGAAUUAGGACCCUUUUGUUGCUUAGAUUAGCAGUAUUAAUUAU